GUAUUACUGGGUCAUAUCCCGGUCUUUCGUAUAAACAAGUGAUCCAGUACAUACCAAUAAAAAAAAUUGAGCGCAGGAUGAGGGAGAGUCGUUAGUUUAUCGGUUUAUCCUGCUAGAUUGGUCGUAUAGUAGUUGCUCCUCUCACUGGGUGUGGUGGCAGAGAGAACUACGAGGAUACAACUAAGAACUAACACCAACACCAUGUUUGGCUUCACCAACUGAAUCACAGUGUGAAGUUUGAACACGAGUUAUCCACUCCAUUCCUUUACUAAAAAUAAAUGGCUUAUUCAUCACUGUCAUUAUCCAAAACGGCACCGCGUGUUCCCCACCUCACAAACCCUAUCUCCUCCCCCUUCUCCCACUUCCAUUCCCCUUCCUUCUUUCUCUCUUUCCCAUUCUACCCUCGCUUCUCCCCCCUCAGAGCAGCUGCAACUUCCGACGGCGACCACUUCCUCAGGAAGCCCCUCGUUCCCCAACCCAACACCAGCUAUGGUUACGACCACGGCGAUGAUGACGAUGAUGAAGAAGAGGAGGAGGAGGAGGAUAAAUGCGUUGACUGGGAAGACCAGAUUCUGGAGGACACCGUUCCUUUGGUUGGCUUUGUCAGGAUGCUUCUCCAUUCUGGACAAUAUGAAAGUGGAGAUAGACUGAGUCCAGAGCAUGAGAAAACCAUUCUUGAGAAGCUGCUUCCCUUUCAUCCAGAAUAUGAGAAAAAGAUUGGAGUUGGAGUUGAUUAUAUCACGAUUGGAUAUCAUCCCAAUUUUGAGCGAUCUAGAUGUUUGUUCAUAGCACGGAAAGAUGGAGAGCUGGUUGACUUUUCAUAUUGGAAGUGCAUAAAGGGUUUGAUCAGAAAAAAUUAUCCAUUAUAUGCAGACAGUUUCAUUCUCAGACAUUUCAGGAAGCGCAGCAGCCAUCAGUUGCGAAGUUAGCACUGUCUUCUGUUUGUUGUACAAUUUUAUAUCAUAACUUGCUUCCUUGUUCCUCCUGAAGUCCCUAUGGUUUUUCUUGUUCCCUCAUUGCUGGUAGCAUGCCAUUUCAAUGAUCUGCUGGGAAGAAAACAAGUACCGGAAUUCUGGAGUUCAGAAGACCGAUUAGCAUUUAUUAGCUCCACAAUAUAUUCCCAUAAUUUCUGGAACAAUGACACCAUUCUAUUGGUGUCAAUGGUCGUAGUGAUUUACAAACACAAAUGUAUCAUUGUAGAUUAUGUAUAUAGACCUUGCUAAUGCAGAGAGAAGAAUUCAUCUCUGGAAUAUUUUGUUA